CAACCUUCUGCCGUCUAUGAUGUAUCUCCACUUUAAAUUGGACCAUUGUUGCUUUCUAGCUGGUCAAGGCAACUUCUCUCUUAUAAUGGAUGUUUUCAAGGACAUAGAUUAUCGUCAGCCAUACUCACCACAAGACUAUCCAGUGUUUAAAUCUCCGUCAGAUAAUCUUUACAUUCAGUACUCUAUCAACACCAGUAACCCGAAUCUUGUUGUGCGCGCAGAAACGUGUAGAGCGACGCCCACCAACAGACCUUACGACACUCCACAAUACGUCUUUAUUGCUGACGGGUAAGUGGAUCCAAUUACGAAAAGUAGUUUCUGGGGCUUCAGACCAAGCACCUUUCACGUCUGAGAUCAUGGGUUCGAUUCUCGCUGCGAAAUCAGAACACUCAUGUGAAAAGCAUCAGUCAUCGCUCUACCGAAAAUCGUGGGUUUUGCUCGGGGUAUUCCAGUUUCCUCCCUCAGGGAAUGUUGACAGGGUGGGUUGGAGUUUAGCCCCUAAAGCCCUGAUUCCACGAGCGCUUUUUGUCAGCGAAAUGCGAAAUAUUUCGCCUGUUUCUUUUGAAUUGCGACCACUCGAAUAAAUUAUUUCUACUUGAUUGCUCACAAUUCAAAAGAAACAGGCGAAAUAUUUCGCAUUUCGCUGACAAAAAGCGCUCGUGGAGUCAGGCCUUAACUGACCCUUCCACCGUAGCUGUGCACCGUGAUCAGACAUGAGUCAUAAGGUGGCUGCCAGAGACGUCCUUAGAAAGCAUUCGAUUGAUUCAGGCUUAGAUAGCAUUUGACUUGAUCAAAACUUUGUUCAUCCAAAAUUUCAUGUCAUGAUGAAGCAGAUGAAAUGAAACCUAUUAAUUCAUAAUUUCUGUAUUUCGUUUUAGUUGCGACAAAGAUGAAACGAUCCGCCAUUACUCGUACGGAAUGAGUUCUGUUCAUCGUUUUAGUAUCCAGGCAUUGCGCGUCUUGUCAGAACGUGGCUUUGUCUACCUUCACUGUGAUCUUGUAGUGUGUCACAGAUAUGAUCCUAACUCGAUAUGCACGCGUAAUACUUCAUGUUCGCCGCGUGAUCGUCGUGAUGUUGAUGAGCGGUCACAAGAUGUGUCCGGUAUGUAUGCACUGUCGUUUGGUCCAGUAAUGAAAGGGAAGGAGUCCGCUGACAAGAGUGCUGAGGGUGAGUAUCACAGGCUCAUAAUAUUAAGCAGUCCAAGGACAAGGGUACAUGCCACCCGUACAAAUAAUGUUAUCCUACAUAUAUCAUAUGUUAUCCUACAGAUAUCAUAUGUCCUACAUAUAUCAUAUGCAUGUUAUCCUACAAAUAUCAUAUGUUAUCCUACAAAUAUCAUGUUAUCCUACCAAUAUCAUAUGCUUUCCUACACAUAUCAUAUGCUAUCCUACACAUAUCAUAUGGUAUCCUAAUUCUUCAAGUAAAUAUUUCAGCUCACUCGGAGGCGGUGAACGCUAGACUGGUGGGUUCUUUGAUUGGAUUUGUUUGUCUCAGCGUGGUUCUGAUUGGUGCUCUGGUCUAUAUGAUACACCGCGCACGUCGUCCUAGAUCUGAUCCAGCCUAGCUUCUGGACAACAAGUGAUCAUUGGCAAAGCAAAACUGAUUUGCAAUGCAACUAAAUUGUCGUUUUAUUUGAAUUCAUUUAAUACAUAACUACAUUUU